AUGCAGGUUAACCAUAACAUUAUUUUAUUACUGAGCUUCCUCACUGUAUCUAUUUUUGCAUGUACUCCCAAUAAUUUUGAUGGAAAUUAUAUCGCAAUAAGUUUAACUGGAACGAGCACUAAGAAUUGGCGAGCGAAUAUAGGAGGCGGCCUUGCCCAGCCAGACGUGCAAGUUAUCAUUUUUAAUAGCGGCGAUCAUCCAGAUAAUAACGAAAUUUUCACGAUAGCACAGUCAACACCUGGAAUUUUUGAGAUUUUUGCAUAUAUCGAUUUCUAUCAGUCGCUUGUCGUUGGGCAAGCGCAUGGCACUUUCACACUUCAAAAUAGAACCGAUUCGAAUGCUCAAAAAUUCUCUUUUGACUGUGAUACCUGUAAUAUCAAAGCAAAUUCGCAGAACUGGAAAUUAUACCACACUUCAUGUGGUAUAAAGAAUGUUGACAAUGGUUUGUGUAUGGAUGCUACCGACUAUUAUUCUGGCGCUAAUAUUAAUCAGACUUAUUGUACAAGUGCGAGCAAAUGGGAUCUUUGGGGAAUAACAUCAACCAAUAAUGCCAAUGUUGCCAAUUCCAAACCAAAUUCGAAAAUUACAUCUGGUGUUCAGCUCUCAAUAGGUGGACUUGUAGGCAUAUUUGUUGGAAUAUGCGCGUGUACAGCGCUUAUUACUCUUUUGGUAGGUUGUGGCGGGUAUGACGUGACGAUAUUUUGUCAACCUAAGAUCGAUCUUUGGUACAUUCGAUUCAUCUGA